UUUGCGACGUAUUGGUCGCAUUUAAGUACAAAAUGACAAUGAUCUGGUUAAACAUUUUUGCUGUGAUCGUGGCAGCAUCUGCUUUAGAAGAUCCUGACCUGAUUAGAAAUUGCGGGGAUGCUCGUGCGCUUGCAUUGGGAAUACCGGCAUCGGGACAUUCCGAGGGAAUUGUAUAUGCAGCCCCCAAAGCAGCCCCAUUAGUAGCAACGUACUCUAGCCCGCUCUACGCCUCUUACUCGGGCCAUUCUAACGCGUAUGCUUCGGGAGGAUCUCAUUAUUCCGGGGGAAAUUCUUAUGCUUAUACAUCAGCCGUGCCCGUUGUGAAGAAGGUGGUUGCCGCACCAGCAAUUGCAACUUAUAGCGCACCAGUUUCUUACGCAUUAGAUGCUUCUCAUUCCGGAGCUCAUGGUGGCUAUGACGCCGCAUCUUCUUAUUCAUCCCAGAUUUCUCACGACGCCCAUUCUGGAUAUGCCAGUCAUGGCUCUUAUGGUGGUGCGUCGUUAAAUUAUGCAGUCCCACUUGUAAGUAAAGUUGCGGUAGCCCCCGCCCCGGUAGUAAAGUACGCUACCCCUGUUGCUAAAACGGUCGUUACGGACUACGUUAGCUCAGGAUUGUCACAUGAUUCUCACGCUGAUAGUUACAAUAGUUUGUAUUCUUCUCAUCUUUUUGCCGCUCCAGCUGUGAAGGUUGCUGCACCAGUUGUGACUGUAACUGCUGCACCGAUUGCUAAAACUGUAGUAGCUGACUACAGCAGUUCGGGAGCUUCACAUGCUGGUUCCUACAAUAAUUUAUAUUCUUCUCAUGUUGUAGCAGCGCCGGCUGUUAAAGUUGCAGCACCAGUGAUUGCAAGUCAUUAUGCGGCGCCAAUUGCGAAAACCGUAGUUACAGACUACGUUAAUUCGGGAGCUUCACAUGCUGGAUCCUACAACAAUUUAUAUUCUUCCCAUGUUGUAGCAGCUCCGGCUGUUAAAGUUGCAGCACCAGUCAUAUCUGUAACUGCUGCCCCAGUAAUAGCAAGCCAUUACGCGGCGCCAAUUGCUAAAACCAUAGUUACAGACUAUGCCAGCUCGGGAUUAACGCAUGCUUCUCAUGCUAGUGCAUACAAUAAUUUAUAUUCUUCUCAUCUUGUGGCAGCUCCGGCUGUUAAAGUUGCGGCACCAGUAGUAGCAAGCCAUUAUGCCGCGCCUAUCGCCAAAGCCGUAGUUACAAACUACGGAAGUUCGGAAUUAUCCCAUGCUUCCCAUGCUGGUGGUUACAGUAACUUAUAUUCGUCCCAUCUUGUGUCCGCCCCAGCUGUUAAAGUUGCCGCACCAGUAGUAGCAGUAACUGCUGCGCCAGUAUAUGCAAAAUUGGGUCAUUCUUCGGCGUCUAGUUAUCAAUCAUCUCAUGCAGGCCAUGGUGCCCUUAGUGCCUACAGCGCUCCCGCUGUUGGGCUCUCCGUAGGCCAUGCACCGGUAGUUGCGGUCCCGCAUACACCAUCAAUAAGGUAUGGUGCCGCUCCUGCUGGUUACAUAACGUCUGCUCCAGUUGCAGUCAAGCCCAUUACUGUCAAACAGGACGGGUACUAUGACGCUCAUCCACGGUAUGCCUUUGAGUAUGGAGUAAACGAUCCCCACACCGGCGAUAUCAAAGAGCAAAAGGAAGAACGGGAUGGAGAUGUUGUCAAAGGACAUUAUGCGUUAGUUGAACCCGAUGGUAACGUUCGCACCGUUCAAUACACAGCCGAUUGGCAGACAGGUUUCCACGCACAAGUAACAAACUCCAAACAGCAAGUACACGCUCAUUAGGAAGAUGAAUUGACUGUCACCACGUUAUUUAUGUUACCGCAGAUUAGCAUUACGUUACCGUGCACCGUUGUUUUAAUCAUAUUGUCAUCUCAUUCCUAGUCUAAUACCAUAUGGGCCCCAAUGAUAACGGUGGUCAUCUCACAAAAUUAUUUAACCAUGUACCCUUUAAGAAUGCUAUGUAAAUAUUUGAUACUAGGCGAUAAGGAUCUUGUAUUAAUAAAUGGUUUUUUUAUUAUC